AUGCAACGUUCGUUCUUCCCAUCAUGUUUUUCCUUGUCUUUUUUGCUCAACAUCUUGCUUAUUAUGGGAACAUCAAGUAAUAAUGUUUAUGUAAGCUUAAAUGAAACCAAUCGGGAUGGUGUGAGUGAGAUGUUCAAGGAAUUCCUCGAAGUACAUAACAGGACAUAUGUCAAUGAUCCAGAGGAAUACGGCAGAAGACUGGAUAUUUUUAAGGUAAUGUACUCUAAAGUUAAAAGAAAAAACAGCGGAGCUGAAGAUCUUGACUUCGGGAAAACUGUUUAUACGCGCGACAUUAUUUUACAUAUGACGUCAUGAUAAAUUAUGCUCACAACAGAUAGUGGAAUAAAUAAUUACCGAUUUCCAAAAAGUCUCACUUCAAACGAGUGCUAAUCCUUUCUUCUGAAAAUGAGUUUCAUUUGUGAAGGAAUAAAAAUUCAUUAACAUAUUAAUUUCUUUGCACCAUUUGCUUAUCUUUUAAAGAAAGGCUUGGGGGAACUCGGAAUUGGCUCAUUGCUUGUGACAUCACCUGGGUCGGGUUGCAAAAAACAUCUUAAGAUUAAGGAAACUCGUAACUAUUAUUUCCAAACAAUAGGUUAUUGUUCCAGAACAAAAGUUAAGCGCUCUCUUACCUUGAGAAGGUUUUAUGCAACCUGGCCGUGACAUUAAUCAUUCCUUACACUUGAGUUGCUGCGCUGACACUGAUCAAAAAAAUUAUACGAAUGGUUAAAAAAUUAUUAAUAAUGUCCCUAGGGUCUCUUAGGUUGCAAUUUUGUGCUGUCUUUACCGUGAGCAAAAUUAUUUUGUCAUUUAUUUCUUAAUAAGUGUAUGUUUGAUUGAUGCAAGGUACAUGGUGUGACAAAAACGAAUUUACCUCACGGGAUAGGUUGCUAAUGUGGAUGGGAGAGGUGGUAGAAAUAAAAAAGGCUCAUUUACAAUAAAUUACACUAGUCAAGUCUUUUCCCUUCCAGUUGCUGGUUUAGAUUGAACUUUCCUUGUCUUUAUAGAAAAGUCUUGCAAGACAUGCUAAAUUAAAUGCAAGAGAGAAGGAACUAAAAGGGACAGCUGUUUAUGGUGUAAAUCAAUUUUCAGAUUGGACUCCUCAAGAAUUUAGAGGUAAUUUCCAUCAAUUUUUGUAACUAAUAAAUUUAGUAUACAGACCUAUUGUUUGUGGUCAUGUUAGGAAACAAAGUUGACCAGAAAAGGAUUUAAACUUAGAGAGGUUUGAAUAAAGAAAUGUGUUCAUGUGAGCAGGAUAGAAUGAACAUAAAAUUAAAAAAUAGUGCAAUGGGUGGCCUCUUCUAGCCCCAAACUAUCUGACAGCUCUUCACUGGGAUACCUUUGGUGGCCUAUUGGGUUGUAGAGAAGUGGCCAUUGUAGAGAGGUUAAACUGUAGAGCGAAGAAGCCAUUGUAGAGAGGUGGCCAUAUUAGAGACAAAGCCAUUAUAGAGAUUUGGCCAUUGUAGAGAGGUGGCUGUAGUAGAUAGGUGGCCAUUGUUCAGACAAUUGGCUUUUGUACAGUAUAGUAUCCAUUGUAGAGCGAGGUGGCCAUUGUAAAGAGCUGGUCAUUGUAGAGAGAUGGCCACUUUAGAUAGGUGGCCAUUGCUGUUGUAUAGAGGUGCUUAUUGUACAGACGUGACUGUUGUCGAAAGAUCGCCCUUGUGGGGAGGUUAUUGUUAUUGGAAUUUUGACUACUGGCCAACCUCUGAGCUUUUGAUGUCUUUCAAACAUUUAAAGAAAUCUUUCUAAUUCUGCACAUAAUAAUAAUAAUUUUAUAUAAAUAAUUGACUACCAAUGAUCUUCUCUUGUAGAAUUUCUUAGAAGAGGCAGUAGGAAUGAUCUUGGUCUCAAACUGACAAACAACCUUCAGAAUACUGUACAAGAAGAGUGCUUCAAACAUACCUGUGUGAGCCUCAAACUAAAUGCCCCUGCUCCACCAAAUAGGCAAGACUGGUAUGUGUGUCAGAUUGUUUGAAUUAGUACCAUAUACAAUCAGAGAGACAAAACUCAGGCCGGAUCGAUACCUAAACACCAAUGAAUGAAUACGGUGCCCAUAGUUCAACCAAUCCCCCUAACCCUACUAAUAUGGCUACUAUGUGGAGAUCUUGAUCUGGUCUAUACAUGUAACAUACAUAAAACUGUAUUUAAACUCGGAUUUAAAAUAGCUCGAGAGAGCUAUUAUCUCAGAGUAUAAUAAUAUUUAAGAAAUGCAACAAAUUGAAUAAAGUGUGAAAGUAUAAAAUUGCUUCAAAUGUGCAUAUUACUAGUCUCGUCUUAAAACUCUCGGUAGAUCCAAUUUUAGGGUACCUCUGAGGUUUUGCGCUGUUGUUCGUCCAGGUUCUGUACUUGUCUUUACCCUUUUGCUGCUAAUAGUGGCCAAAAUAAAGAUUUUCAGAAGAAUCCACAUUUUUCCUUUCAAAUCUCAAUUGUUUUUCCAAAGAGGUUUCAUUUAAAUGGUAAUAAAUAACACCAUAGGAUUUAUUCCACAGAUGCAAAAGUUAGGUAGAUGUAGAAUAAUAUUUGAUACUUUUGUUGUUCCUUUGUGCAGGAAUAAAAAGGGAAAGGUUACCACUGUGAAGAAUCAAGGAGAGGUAGAUUUAUAAAGAUACUAUCUUUGAAUGUUUAUUUAAAACAGUUACAACAACAAAACAAAAAAAGCAAAUGUAGUAGUGUAGACUCCCCCAAUGUUUAAUAUGCAAUACUGAGUCUUUGAUUUUGUUCUUUUGUUGUGCGAAUUCAUUUCCUGGCAUUACAAUCACUGUUAUAACAUAAUAAUAUUUAUAAUCAUAACUAUAACAAAAUUCUUAAAUCUGAUUGGCUAUCAACUGCCCUGAUUUCAGCCUUAAUAGGACAGUUAAAUAGGACAGUACGCGUCAUGCCUAAGUAAUUGGACAGUACACGCCAUCACGCGCACGCUUAAAUGGCUUUUUUUUUCACUCCUAGCAAAAAAAUUCUCGGAAUUUCUUGUGUUUUGAUUAAAAAAAGAGCCUAAUAUAUCACAAAUUUUGUUAAAGUUAUGAUUAAUUGGUAACAGAACUUCGUGUCGUCCAAUUUGGUCUGUAAUCAUACGAGUGAUUAAACAAAUCGGACUCCCACUUAACGCGGUCGUCCAAUUUUGUUAAUCACUCGUAUGAUUACAGACCGAAUUGGACUCCACUCAGUCCCGUUACCAUUACUAAUAAUGGAAAUUUGUACUCAGUAUCUGUCUUCUUGUAGGCUAAUAGCCUUAAGUUAGUUCUGGAAAUAAACCCACUCUACAUAUUAGUUCAUGACAUACAUCCUUUAUCAACUAGGUCCACUAAGUACAUUGACCACUGAGAUGUAAGAUUCUAGUGGUGGUCUAGUGUUUUCCUUAGUUAUGGUGGGUAGCAAAAUUAAUCAUUGGUUCAUUUAUUAAUUUUUGAUUUUACAUGAUUUUUGUUUUUCAUUUCUCAAUCUAUUUCUUGUCUUUGACAGUGUGGAAGCUGCUGGUAUGUGCAGACAAAUUUUUUCUUAUUUUACUUCAAGAAAUAUCGUUGGUUUGUUUAAUGCUGUUGUGCUAGUUGCACUACUGACCAAAGUCCAGUUGUGAGAAUAAGUGAGCUGUCAGAUUUUUUAUUGGUAAAAUUGAAUUCGUCAGACUGGGAUUUAAUUACGUACAACGUGACAGCUGUAAAGUGAUUUACAUUGUAAUCACAGGUCUUUCCAAUAGAUGGAAAGGAAAAGAUGUUACAAGAUCCUUUUUUGGGUGGGGAGGGGGUGGGCGGGGGUCCAAGCUUUGGUUCAGAAAGGACUGUUGAAUUUUUUUGUGGCAAAUUACUGCACCCCACACCCCCUCCCACCAGUCGCAGUUGCGCAUUACAAUUUUAAUGAUGAUUUCAUUUAAAAAAUCAGCCAGUUAAAAAGUGAUAUCAGAUCCUGUCGAUGUAAGAAUUUAAGUCUCAAACAAGCAUCAGGUCUGAUAGAAGGUGAUGAACACCCAGGACCUUCCCCCUGGGUCGGCCACUGCAGAAGGUCAUAAAUUUAACACUUGUUAGUUGAACUCGGAUUUCCUAUUUUCUUAUUGUCUAGGCCUGAGCCACUGACUUACAAAACCUCGUUCUAAUAGUUUUCUUUUUUUGCAUGUAGGGCAUUCACUGCCACAGAGUGCAUUGAGACCCAGUGGGCUAUUGCGAAUAACCCUCUGACUAAACUCAGCGUUCAAGAAUUCAUUUCUUGUUCAACCAAUAAUAAGGGUUGUAAAGGUGGAAAUACUUUUCAAGCGUUUGUUUGGUUGCAAGGCCAGGUAGGUAGGCGUCAGUGCUCUCUAUCCCAGAAACGUUUUAAAAAGUUUUAAAAAGACGUAAAUCAUCAUCAUCAUCAUCAUCAUCAUCAUCAUCAUCAUCAUCAUCAUUAUCAUUGUCAUCAUCAUCCUUCUCCGCAACAACAACUCUUUAAAUGCCAAGAAGCACCUUUGCCAGCCACUUCAUUGUACGCUUGCCUCCAGGUUUUGGUAUGUUGAGAGUCCUUGGGUUCUACCUCGAGGGUACCCAAUAGUUUUCAUCAAUUCCAUCUUCCCAAUCCAGAUUUGUGCUCAAUCCCAUAAUCUCAAUGGCUAUUUUCGGCAUCCCAUAUCCCAUAUCUACUUUCCAGUCAGUACAAACUGCAGACUGCUGCAGACCAUUGUUUUCACCAUGCAAAUGAGAACAUGACAACAAUAGUCCCAUUGCUUUUGAACCAUAAAAACAAUGGUCUGCAGUCAGACUGCAGUCUGCAUUUUGUACUGUCCAAUAUACUUUCAAUCCUGAACCUCACCUCCAUUUUACUUUUAAAGUUAUCACCAAUUAAUGAGCGUGGAAACUGGUGCCUAAAAGGUUAGUGGGGGAGGCUGGAAGGAGGUAACCAAGCAACCUUGGAAGUGGGAACCACCCCUGCCAGCAGUCACUAACUGGCAGCAACACACUGAGAAAAAAACUCAGUGGAAAAGAUACUUACCAAGUGAAAUACUUUAUUACCUGUGCACCCACACAUGAUAGCGGGGUCGAGGCAGGAAAAGAAUCCGCAAAGAUUCGCUAACAUUCAUAAGAGACAAAGUGAUCUGCAAAGAUCAGCUGAAAAAAAUAGUUUGCAAAUGAUGGAAAGAAUAACAGCCCUGAAAGCCCCAAAUUGGCCACCCAGCACAUCAUAUCGAGUGACUAUAAUGGGCAACACCGCUGAUGGCAUUGGCUCAAGGUCAACUUAGCCUAAAUAAAAUUUUGCCAGCAUUUAAAUCCCAAUCGUGGCCUUCAAAUGAGACGAAUCCCACAUCCCAAAAAACCUUUUAGGAACCCUGUGCAUUUAUAGUCAGCCUCUGUCCGUCGAGUUGGUUUUGAACAGACUCUUUUAUUUUUACCCUUACCCCGUAGGGGACUACUCCAGACUUCUCUACUCUUAACAAAAAAGUACUCUUUUUGGGAUUUUUUGUCAUUGAAGAAUCCCUUUCUUGACAUACAUUUCUAGUGUAUAUUUAACAAUUAUUCCUCAAGCCCGAAUGGGCUCUGAGUCAAUAGCCCAUGAGGGUGAGAGGAAUAAUGAUAUUGUUUUAGUAAAAUCCAACUAGUUGGUCAAAAAUACCAAGAGUAAACAACUUAAGCUAGUUAAAGCUAGACCUUAAGCCUUUUUGGCUGCCAAAAAGCCGGCGCUUUGCACUACUUGUGGGCUAUAACAUAUAGCCUAGUAGUAGCUCAACCAAUCAGAACGCAGCAUUGAUAAUAGACCACUAGUUGGAUUUUAUUAAAUAUAUAUCUUGAACUCCUGAAUGGAUGUCUUUGAUUUUCAGAAUUAUACUUUGGCUCCAGAUUCCGAGUUUCCUUAUGAGGACAGAGAAACAACUUGCAAAACUAAUCUCUUGUGAGUAUUAUCCCACUGUUGUUGUAGAUUAAGCUCAAUUCCAUUUGUAGAAGUACGAAGGCAGAGAAACCGCACGUUCUUCUCUGCCUUUGGGCUCAGUAAUGUGUCCAACAAAAAUGCCAUGCUAUGCAGGCUAACGAAUGAUAAUUAAUGCAAUUUUGUGACAAAAUUUACCAGUCCUUAAAUGCUACCCAUUUACCCAAAACAUGAACCGACCGGUUUGCCCACAUAAAUGGUAAACAACCCGUGAAAAACCGGUGUUCUAUUUACACCCCACAAUUUCUUGGAAAAUGGAUAGCGCCCAGAGAUUCCUGCCUUUUUCUCUUCCCAUUGUUCGGCAGGUACCCCAGGCUCACAAGUGAGAAUUGUUGUGAUGUAACAGAAAUAUUAUAAGGAUUAUUUGUACGAGGACUGUUUUCCUUUCAGUGGGUUUGAAGGCACUCUGAUUGGAUCAUAUGGGAUGCCUUCAUAUGGGAUGCCUUCAGUUCUUGACAACACCUCUUUAAUUCUUAAACUUAUUGUACUCCUUUUAGGAAAGAAAAAGGUGCAAAAAUAUCAUGUGGGUGUCUUUUGUUCAAGUAAGUUAAAUCUUUUUCAAGCACACAGUUAUUGCGACUGAUGUGUCAUUCUAGUGGUCUUAAGGGGGCAUCACGGUUGGUUUUUUGUUGGUGAUUUGGAGAGGAAAUAAAUUACGGUAGAAUAGAUAUGCACAUAAACCAGUUACUGGUAGUCCGCUAAUGGGAUCAGAGGCACCUUGUUGUGGUGGUGGACUAUCUGGUAAUUGUCUACUAAUUAUUCACUUCAUAUUUUAAUUUGUAACAACCCCCAAAUCCAAUAUUUUCCCAUUUUCCCAAAAUAUUAAACAUCUUCCCCCCUAAAUUUUAUACAUUAAAAACAUUCGAAAAAUCAUUCAAAAAAUGCACAAAUAAUUAUUGAAUUAAGGAUUGUAACUUAAUUGCGUCAUUUUUGGAUUGAAUGAAAUAUUGGCUAGAUAUUAAGAAGAAGAGUGGAAAUCAAAGAAAAAUGAUACUUUUAUUUGCACCCAGCCAGUUCCUAACCGCGUUCAGCAGGGCUUUACUUGAAUGCCGCAUUGAUUUUCGUGAAAGAGUUGGGAGAUACAUAUUUCUAGUUUGAGUUGGGGAGGGGGGUAAUGAUAGGGCAUGUAUUUGAAGCGUUACCUGAAUAAAGAUUACCACAAACGACUCACUUGAAAAGGCUAACUUAGAACAAACGCCACUAAAUCGAGGACCAACCGCCGGACAGGUUUUCGACACGCCAGUCAGUCACUGAAAUACCACAGUCAUAUUGAGGACAUAACUCCCCCAGGCGAGCUUAUUAAACUAUCUAACAUGUACUUGCAGUCAAACUAGUUAUUAUGUGUGGAGCUGGUAAAUUCGUUGAUAAUACUGUAAACUAAUAGAACAGUAAUAAGCGAGUAAAAAGUAAUUAAAUUUGACUUAAGGACACAUUUAGACGGACGCCCAGAUAAAAAGGACACCUAGAGUUGGUCUCUGCCUUUCUUUUUUCCUUUAUUUUCUGCGAAAUACAUCAUUUUUUAAGGGCACUUCCGUCUUAGAGAGACUUGACUGUAUAGUUUUCCAAGAUUUUAUUUCCUGAAGUGAGACUGGGAGCAAUAGAAAAUUCCCCGUGCAAAACCCAAGGUGAAUUCAAGGGUUGUUUCAUUUCCCCAGGUAAACGUACCGUUUUGGAUACUUAGUAACUAUACGUGCAGCGCAUUAUAAGCCAGUUGAUGUGCGCUGUAGUUAGUAAGCGAUUUGUUCUGUUAAAUUUGACUUCGUUUCGAGCAAUGAUCUGAGCUUUGAAUUGUGUUCACUUAGUGUUUACAUCACAUGUUUAUUCUCUUGGAAUUUUGAACUCAACGCCUUCUUAAUCGGUCGUUAAAGAAAAAUAUCAAAUGCGACAAAGCUAAGGGUCUUAGCCUGUGAACAGGCCUUCGGUCGAGCGGGGAACUGGAGGGUCUGUGCAACCAUGGGCAAAUAAAGAAGUAUUAGGCACAAACGUAUCUGGAUCGUCCAAAAUAUGUUUUCUCCCGCAAACUUAGGUGCAAACGUUAUUUUCAAUUCCCUUGAUCUGAAAUGUACAUGAAAACCCCCGUCUAACGUGUGGUCAGGGUUAUGGGCUUCUGCUAUCAUGGUAAAUUACAACGUCGAUAACGCUAUCCACUAGAAAAAUCUCUAUCCCUUCCACGGUUUUUUUCACCUUUGACUGGGACCAGUUAGCGAAAACUUUAAUUGUCAACACGGUAAAGUUGCCAAGUUUGAAAUGAAGUGAUUUGUUGAAAACUAACAAAAAUCUAUCUCCCCAAAGUCGUGGAAUAUUAUAAGCAUUUGCAUGGUGAGGGGCAAGUUCGUGAAGUUUUUAUGGUUAGAACUGAAGUAAAAAUGGACAUUCUUGAUGUUUGGCCGCUAUCUGUUGAAAACGAAGCGCUUUUGACAUGCAAUUUCACCUCAUAUUAGUUUCAAUCUUUUUUGAAAACGUGUGUCAACAUAAAGGCCAGAUAGAUCCAGCCGAUUGCUAGAAACAAGGAUUUGAUUAGUAUGUAUCGAGGUCCUUUUGUUAGCGGUUUUGUAAACAUUUUGGUUUACGUUAGCGAGUAAUUUUUUAAAAAAAUUAAGAUUCUUGAGAUUAACCGUUCUUUUAUAUGACCUUUUAGUUUCUAUAUUAUUGACAUAUAUAUUAGGGCCAUUUAUACGAGGAAAAAUAAGACGCGUCUUAUAUAGCACGCGUCUUAAAUAAGACGCGAACUUUCCCUAUAAACGGCACAUUUCGUCUUAAAUAAGACGCGGCUUAGCUAAGACGCGUCUUAUUUUAGAACAUCCCUUAACACCUGUUCUUAGAUAAGACGCUUCUUAGCUAAGACGACAAAAACUUCGUAUAAAUGACCUUCGCGCAUAAGACGCGAACGCAUAGUACGCAUGCGUUAAUUUUUGGCGCGCCACGUUGGAUUUCCGUUGCUACGGGCAACAUUCACAUGAAAACCAGUCAAGAACAGAAAUGAGACGCGAACCAUUUAUACGAGCUGUUCUCGUCUUAGAUAAGGGACGCGAUCCAUUCAACCAAAAUUCCAACCGGUCCGACCGGGAAAAUUGGUCCACCUCAGAAGGUGGACCCGUUUUUUCGAAACUUUUCCAGUUGGACCGAACCGAUCCAUUGAGUUUUGGACCGAAAUUUCCGGAAAUUUUUGUUGAAUGGAUCGCGCCCAAGACAUGCUCGUAUAAAUGGUACAGUUCGCGUCUUAUUUAAGACGCGUCUUAUGUAAGACGCGUCUAAUUUUUCCUCGUAUAAAUGGCCCUAUUGUGAGGCAGUAAAAAAAGUCUACAAUUCGCUAAUAAAUUUUCAGAAAUUUUGUGUACAUUAUUAAAGGGUAUUGUCUCCAAGUUUCAUAUUUUCGUGCACAGCAAUAGCUAGCAUUUGUGCAUAUGUCAAAUGCAUUGUUAAUUAUAGACUUUCUCAAAGUCGUUCGCUUGGUUUUCUGGUCUGGUGUGGUAGGACCCGGCUUUCGGCCGGCUUUCGCUCGCUCGCGCUCCGCGCUCACAGUCGCGCUACGCGCUCAAAAGCUCAACUUGUGAGCAAGUCUAGGUAAAUGUCAGAUCACUACAUUUGUCUACAAUACCUUUUUGUUCUUGUCUCUAAUUUUCCGUUUGUGUUAACUUUGACGAAAUAGAGAACUUGUUUGGGAUAUCGUUCGCGGAAAAUUUGCCAAACAAUUGCAGAGCAUCUGUUCUUUCCUUGUGAACAUGCAACAUCAUGAGGUGGUUCAGGUGGGAUUGUCAUUGGUGCAUUUCGAUCCAUUCGAAAUGCUUCUGAAUAUUUUGAUGCUUAAUAAGCAGAUAUUUUAAAGCUGUUGGUUGUUUUUGAAAGAGCAAAAAUACGAUUUCGUUCAUUUACACAAUUCCAAAUUGCACAGAAGAACAACAGUGCAUAAUCUUACUAUGAUCGACAAUACUUUGAAACUUUAGCUUCCAUUGACAGCUGUCCAUUUUAGUAGAAAAAUUCCACCUUUGUAGCAGAAUUUAAUUCAAGUCUGAAAAUUUCGCUGCCCCUCCGCCUGCUACGGGCCUGAACUUGUGAGGUAUUGACUCUGAAAAAACUGCAUCGAGCUACCUAAACUCAAAAGGUCCUAAGAGAAAUCAGCUGAGAAAUUAAGAGAAACGGGCGCGCCUUGCUUCCUUGUCUCCCCCCGCCCCCACCCACUCAAGCCAAUGCUUGGUUACCUAGUCAUUGCACCGUCACCAUUCUUUUCCUUCUUCGUAAGGUACCACUGCGUUAGUAAGUUCAGUUGACUGUAGGCUCGAUUUCCACCGUCUCCCGGGUCCGGUCUUUUUGGGCUCAUUUUCCCGAACAGCGGCUGGUAAUCGAGCCUAAGUUGACUGUUGAUGAUCUGUCUGUUGCUAUCGACGAAUGUGAACGUGCGCCAUACUCAUGAAUGGCUGUGAUGUACUACGUCAAGAGGGAAGAAAAGCACUGGAUGCUUGUGUAAAGGUCAAGAUCUAUGGAAGACCACAAACACGGCGCUAUGAUUAUAGCUCAACAAUUGAGCGUUUGGAGAAAUGCUUCGCAGGAAAGUACCCUGAUGGGCUCAACGCACUGUACAGAAGAAUUCUUAAACAGCCGGAGACAUCUAACACAGAGCAUGCAUUGAUGGACGAGAGCAUAAUUGAGAAAAUAUUGCUUCCUUCUUUUAGGGAUAACUAUGGAAUAAUUGACAUCUAUGAGUCCCUUGUUCGUCUUGAUAAUACUCCGUACGUUGAAAAGUAUCCUGCAGGCAAACAGACUGAUUCUGAUAAAUGGAAGAAUUGGAUUGAUAAACGGCGCGAAGAUGUAGAGAGAGAGGUCAGGGAGGCAACUGCCAACCGGGAUGAACGGCACAGAUACUCGUGGCUUGUUGCCCAGCGUCGGGUAAGGGAUUGCUUUGCUGGAAAUUUUGCGGGGGAUGCAUCAUUACUUGAGAGAAAGACGGCUGACUACAUCUGCAAAAUUAGAGACCCAUAUGAGAGAAGAAAGAAAGAGAUGUCAACUCCUGACACUUGUAGCAUUAGUGACAUAUAUAAGGCAUUUAAAAAACAUGAUAGUGUAAGUGUUUCGAAAAAUAUUGAGAAAUUAAGUUGUCAAAGAUGUCAAGUGUCUGAAGAAGUGAAGAAACAAAGGGAUGAUGUUGACACUGAGUAUCAACAAGCUGUGACAGUCUCUUUUACAAGUACAUCUAUCCAAAAGCACCGUAAAUAUUCACAAGAAGAAGCAUUUCACCGAGUAGAAAGUUGUUAUUGCAGUUCUUGUGCUAAAUAUGUGUAUGCAUUUAGGGGUCUUUUUAACCGAACAAUAUCCUUGUGUCAUCAGAAGGCGUUUGACAUUUUUUUCAUUUGCCGCUCACUUUGCUGCAUUGAUGCCAACCAUAUACUGUAUCAAAACAGAUGGGAGCCAAAAUUGGUAUCAAAUCUUGUUCUCUUUGAAAAAUAUCCAAGUGAUGGACCUGGAUCUGCAGAAUUGAAGGAAUUAAUUGAUGCACACAGAACUUGUUUAGAAAAAGAGUAUAGGGAAGACAAGCUCAACAAGCAAAGAUAUACCCUUACUGAGGCUGAGCGUCGAGUGAGAGAUUGUUUUGCAGGUAGCUUUGUGUGUGAUUAUACUAACAUUUUUCCAAGCAAAGCUACCGAUGAAGGCACACUAAGAAUUGACCAGACAUAUGAUAUUUUUGACAUUCAAAAGGCAAUCCAAUAUUUUGAUUCAAAAAAGCUUGUUGAUAAGUACCCAGAAGAAGAAGGGCCUGGAGCUGAUGAAAAGAAAAAGGUUGAUGAAGAAAGAGCUUGCAUUAAACAAGAAUAUGAUGAAGCCACUGCCUUUGUUGAAGUUGAGCAUGGUUCUGGUUUUAUCAUUCAAGAUCACUUCAUUAUCACUAACAAGCAUGUCAUUGAAUUGGCACUCAAUGAUGAAAGCCACAUUACUCAAGUACUAAUUUCCAAUGCAGCCUUGGGUGAUGUUAGACUUCCUUGUGAAGUUGCUCACUAUGACGCAGGUAAAGAUUUGGCCCUUCUGUAUUGUCCAGAUUUAAAGAUAAAUCAAACUCAACCUUUACAAUUUUCAGAUCAGCCACUGUUACCAGGCAUGCAAAUUUUGUCUUUUGGUUUUCCAGUGAGUCACACGGGAGAUACAGCUCUGUUUGUAAAUGGCUAUGUUUCUGGUUCUAAGAAAAUGCUUCAGGGUCAUACAAUGGCAGUAUUAAACUGCCCUCUUAACUCUGGCAAUUCUGGGGGUCCAGUUCUUUGCUGGGUUGAAGGUCAGUUAAAGGUGGUUGGUGUGGCUACACAGAAACAUUUUAAAAACAUUUUAACUCCGAAUGAACAGGUAACAAUUGAACAAAUACGAAAAAUGUUGCAAACUUGUGUUAUUCCAGAAGAUUCAGAGUUAUCUGAAGCAGCUAAGUUUUAUUUUGGGCCUGCAGGGGAUUUGCCUCUUCUUGGCAAAACAGCAGUGUAUUUAUUGACACUAAAGCUGUAUGAUGCUCUUGAAACCCACUCACAAUUUAACUUAAGCAAUGCAUUACCAGGGGAUCAGGUGAUUGAUUUUGUAAAAAUGUCCAUCGAGAAGUACCAGGGAGAUUGCAAAGACGAGCUGGUGAAAGUAGUAGAAAAAUUCUGUACUCCAUAGGCAUAGCCUUUUACCUUGAAAAAUGCUUGAAGCAGUACCAAGCACCUUUUGGUACUAACUGGCAAAACCGCUCCUAUAGCCUAUGAAUACAGUCGCCUCCCAUCACUCUCCACCAAUAGGCCAGGGUUGUUUCAUGAAACAUUCUAAGCAGCAGGGAGCUAUGAGAAGCAGGUGUACUCAAAGGCUAAGCUUUCCAUGGGUUAAGUGGUAUUCAAAUGAGCAUGAGCAAAAAUGUAAAUAAUGAUGCCAGCCGUGAUUUGCAAAUAUAAGUAAUUUGGAAAGAAAUACAUUAUUUAUCUUUUUCACUGACCAUAAUUUACUCAGCACUUUCUGCUAUUUGACUGUCCAUUAAAGGUUCUUUUAGGGUUCACUGAUAUUAUUGGCACUAUUAAAAAGGAUAAGACAGUGAUAUCUGUUCACAAAGUUAUGGGGAUUAAAGAAACUAGACUAGACUAGACCUCAUAAUUCCUUGCUCAUUUGUGCAUGAUCAACCUGAUUAGGUUUGGCUGGUGGCCAAGGUAGUAAAUUAGAUUAAUAAUCCAUAUUGUAGCAUUGUACUUGGAAAUUAUUAAUAAGUACUUGGCUGGCAAUUUGUCAUUUCUAUGUGUGCAACUUGUAUUUGUUACUACUUUUUCUCGGCCAGUGAGCUUGGUCACCAGUUUGUGAAUAAUUUUCAAAUAACUGUAAUUAAUUUCCUUCUCUUGUAUUACUUCAUGUUGAUUAAUAUACUAACAAAAUGUAAUAUUAUUUAGUCUUUGUGGUUCUUAAAGUGAGUUUGAUUGCCUCAUCCUCUCUUUUAAUAUAGUGCAAGCCUUUAUUGUAUGUUUCAAAUAAAUAAACGCUUUAGUAUUUAGACUGAGCCUCCAAUGCUUCUAUUCAGCGGCCACGAUAAAUAACUGGACUAUUGGCAGUAUUAUCCCGAGGGAUCUGAAAGUAUUGUUUGCAUACAGUUGAAAAUAUUGUUUGGACUUCAAAAACAAGGCAUGUAAUAAAUUUAAUGUGAAGAAGAUCACUUAAUAGGAUUACUUUUAGGAUACAUGUAUUUUUAAAUUUCUUUGUACAAGUAGUGGAGAGAAGCUCUUCCUAGAAUCCCUCUUAGGGGAGACAGGGACCGGGGGGAGGGGGUAAGUCUGAAUUUCAAACCAUUGGUCAUAUAUAUUGAGGUGCAAGAAAUGUCCCUGUUAUAAGAGGUGGUUGUUUACGAGAGUUUACAACUUGUGAGGCUUUGACAGGGAAUGUUUUGGGUGGUGGUCCAUUGCUGCCUAGGAGAGGUGGUCCAACAUGGACAUUUUCAACUGUGUUUGCGAUUGUUCUCAUUUCUGUCACAGUUUUAGCCUAUCUUUCAUUGUUUUUCACCAUUUAAUCUGUCUUCUGUUGCUGUUUCAAGGUCAUGACACUAAGUCACAAUUUUGUCCUGACAGGGCCACUUGAAAUAGCGUGCCACAUUGUGUCAUAGAAAUACUUCAUAAUCAAUCUGGCCAAGUCUUUUUCCGAUAAGUCGUGCUUUCCUUUUGAAUGACUUUGCUGUAUAUAUUUCUCUUUUUGAUAUAUGGUAGUAAGACUGAGGACCCUAAUAUGAAACAGUUAGUUGGGCUGCAUGGUCCUUUGGCUGUUAAUGUGGAUGCCACCAUGUGGCAUGACUACCUUGGUGAGUACUGAUAUUCUUGCAGUUUACAUGCACAUUCCAUUUUUUAGUUACAUUUAAUUAUUGUUUUCUUUGGUUGUUUUUACUAUUUUGCCCCUUGGCAAUGGCUCUUCAUAGUGGUAGGGACACAUAUUUCGGUCUUAGAUUAGCCUCGGUAGCAAGUGUUUCCGUUUGGUUUUCAGAUCAAAGAAAGACUGAGGAACGGGAUUUUCAGUUUUAGCCGCGCGAGAAAUGAAACGAGAGCCAUUUUUCCCUCAGUCUUUCACUCACAUUCCUUGUUCUUUGCUCCUAAACAGGACGGAAACAUUUGCUAUCCACGCUAGUCUGAGAUUAUUACAGGCAGGGUUCCAGGCCACACACCCCAACCUUAAUUUCCCAGGAUUUUACCCCGACCCCCAUGGUGACCUAGGCUAACACCCUCUAAUGUAAAUGAUCAUUUUCUUAUUAAUCUUGUCAGGUGGUAUCAUACAACACCACUGUACAGAUACUGAUAUUAACCACGCCGUUCAAAUCACUGGAUAUGACUUUAAUGGUAAGACCUGGGUGUUGUCACUUUCAAAGGAGACCUAUUUUCCUUUAACUGAAUGGAUAGCACUAAUUUGCAGUGUGCUUGUUACUAAUACAGUAAUCUUUGUCCAUUUAUCCAUCAGCUGUGUUAAAGGCCACACCAUUAAUUAGUGCACUCAUUCCAUUGUUGUUUAAAGUAAAAGGAAAUGCCUUUUUAUUUUAAAUAGUGAGUGACUGAAGAUCAAGAUUGUUUUUUUAUUAUACAUACUAUUUCUUUGUAAAGCAAAACUCAGCUCAGCAUUAUACCCGAGAAAUAAAUUGCUUUCAUAUUGUGAACUCUUUGUAACUUCUUUCUGUUUUCAAGAGCACAUCUCGUACUGGAUUGUGAGAAAUUCAUGGGGAUCCAGCUUUGGUGAUAAUGGAUACCUGUAUAUUAAAAUGGGCGAUAACCUAUGUGGUGAGUUUAAUAUUAAAGCCUUUCUUCCCCCGAAGUGGUCAAUUUCAAAUAUUAACAAAAAUGCCAAAUUUUAUUUUGUGAAAUGGGAAAAACAAAAAGCACACUGUACUAUGUGAAAUUAAAGCUGGAGACAAGCUAACUUUUGUAACUGGCUUGUGUAGCCGGCUUUUUAAGGGAAGAAAAGGGAAGAAAAGGAGAGGAGGCUGCUGUGCCCUUUGCGGAUUCCCUUCAGGUGCUCUAUAAAAACUAAGAAAAAUAACUGGCACCUGCUAUGCAGGCUGGAAACACCCUGUAGCAGAGCUUUUUUUCACUUGCUUGAAAUUUGGCAUACUUAAUCAAGGGGAGAGGUUUUGUUUGAAUGUUCACAUCAUUAGAUUUCAUCCACAGACUCGAAACUUAGAACUGCCUUUCACAACUCUCAUUUACUCUAGGAGUAAAUUAGGAUUAUAAUCCAUUCCUUUUCAACUUUUGGUUAUCUUCAAAAUAUAGUAAAUUUGCUUAGAACUAUGUUUGGAUACUCCUGGAAGCAUGAGGAUUACAAGAGAUUGUUUGAGACUUUGAUGAAUAAUGGUUGAUUGAGGUCAAGGCUCACCUUUUCUUUUCUUCAUUCCAGGUGUAGCUGACUCACCAACCUUUGUGAUUAUAUAA